UCCUGAAAAGCUCCCGCAAAGUCGCGCUCUCCCAAGCGAAAGAUUUUUGAAUACUUCGGCGCUGGCGAGGUUAAAGCUUUUGGAACAGAUGCUGGAAGAUGUUAGCUGUGGAUACAGGGAUUGUGGAGGAGUGGUUAUCAGAGUUCAAGACACUGCCRGAAGCAUCCAUAUCCAGUUAUGCUACAAGCUUGAAAGACAAGAGUGCUCUGGUUUCAUCUCUUUACAAAGUUAUUCAGGAGCCACAAAGUGAACUUCUGGAGCCAGUUUGCCAUCAGCUCUUUGAGUUCUAUCGCAGUGGUGAGGAGCAACUGCUACGCUUUACACUGCAGUUCCUACCAGAACUGAUGUGGUGCUACCUUGCUGUCUCAGCCAGCAGGGAUUUGCAGAGCAGUGGUUGCAUAGAAGCUCUUCUUCUAGGAGUUUACAACUUGGAGAUAGUUGACAAGCAGGGUCACAGCAAAGUGCUGAGUUUCACAAUUCCAUCUCUGUCCAAGCCUUCAGUCUAUCAUGAACCUUCUAGCAUUGGCUCCAUGGCUCUCACUGAAGGAGCUUUAUCCCAGCAUGGUUUGUCCAGGGUUGUGUACAGUGGACCUCAUCCCCAGAGGGAGAUGUUAACAGCACAGAACAGGUUUGAAGUGCUGACAUUCCUUCUGCUCUGCUACAACGCUGCCUUAAGCUACAUGCCUGCAGUCUCUCUCCAGUCGUUGUGUCAAAUUUGUUCAAGGAUCUGUGUCUGUGGAUAUCCUCGCCAACAAGUGAGAAAGUACAAGGGAGUAAACAGCAGGAUUCCAAUUUCUUCUGAAUUUAUGGUGCAAAUGCUAACAGGGAUUUAUUAUGCCUUUUAUAACGGAGAAUGGGAUCUGGCUCGUAAAGCAAUGGAUGACAUUUUAUAUAGAGCGCAGCUGGAACUGUACCCAGAACCUCUGCUGGUUGCUAAUGCAAUAAAAGCUUCACUGCCUCAGGGUGCCAUGAAAUCUAGUAAAGAAGGYACAAGAUGCAUUCAGGUUGAAAUUACACCUACUUCCUCUAGAAUAUCAAGAAAUGCUGUGACUAGCAUGUCUAUCCGAGGGCACAGAUGGAAAAGACAUGGUAAUGCUGAUUUAGCAAUUCAAGAAGAACUGAUAGAAGUAUCUGAAACCGAUGAAGGAUUUUACUCUAGGGCUACUUCUAGCACAAGUCAGUCUGCCUUAUCGAACAGCAACAACACCAGCAGCAAGAGCCUUCUAGGGAAGAGCCAGCGAAGACCUGGAGGAAGCAAAGCUGGAGGGAAAGAGAAAGAAGGGGAAACCUGCAGAGAACACCUGUCACGAAAACAAACUCAGAGAGCCAUGAGUGAGAACCUAGAGCUCAUCUCUCUGAAGAGACUGACCCUGACGACUAGCCAAUCUCUGCCUAAACCUGGCAGUCACAGUUUGGCCAGAACUACCACUACUGUUUUUAGCAAGUCCUUUGAGCAGGUCAGUGGCGUCGCAGUUCCAAAUAGUCGUGGUGGUGUAUCUGGAACAGAGGCAAACAGGUUUUCAGCUUGUAGUCUUCAGGAGGAAAAACUGAUAUAUGGAGCAGAARGAACAGACCUUCCUAUUUCAAGUAAACACCCCAGUCAGCAGCGGCCUCCUAGUAUCAGCAUAACUCUAUCAACAGAUUGACAUUGUUAAAUUGGCCAGUAAGCAAAAUAAAUCUGAGGGUUUUAUGCUGAUGUGGGGGCUAUCCAUGAAGAAGGCAGUGUAUAGCAUGUUAAGGUGCUUAAGCCUGAAGUCCCAGAUUUUGCUCCCAUUUGACAGUAAGAAUAAAUAUGUAGUUGUAAUUAUUUUGCAUCAACUUCCCAUAGCUUGGAAAGUGCCCCUUUGACCUCUUUACUAUGUUUAUGGCCUUGGUUGUUUACAGCUUCACGUAACGCCAACUCACCAAGCUUUAACUGGUUGCUUAGCCACUGACCAAGAUGCCAAGUGGCUUUCUGCAGAUGCCCAGUAUGGGAACAGGCAGAUCCCCUUUGCCAGCCUUUACCCUUCCCUGCCAGCCAGCAUCAGCAGAACUGCAGAGGUCGCUCCGUCGGAGCCCUGUGGCCUGRGCACGAAGCUUCAAAACAGCGUUGUAGUAACCCAAGUUUCUUGUGUCAUAACAAAGCUGCAUUUAUAUGUAAGGUUACAUAUAGAACUCCGGUGUUUGUUAUGGCAGCUUUCGUAACAGCAGUUAGUACACAUGGCAAUACUCAGACUUCGGUAUAACGUCAGUCUCCGUUGUAGGGGCAUUAUAGUUUAUAUACACACCUCUAGAAGUGGGCCAGUAGUCACACAGCAACAGUGCUUGUGGAUGGGAAUUCUUAGGAAUAGCUGUAAUAGUCACUUUUUGGACUACCAAUAGUAUCUGUUUCAUUCAGAUUCCUAAAUAAUGGGCACAAGGCUACUUAGCAAAAAGGCAGUCAUCAAUAUUUCUAUUUAUGAGGCAGAAAUGUGCUUGUGUAAUGGUAUAAUGUAGAAAUAAGGUAUGAACCCUUUCCUGAUUUGCUUGGUUCAGUGCAGUGUGAAUGUGUUUAACGUGAACUUGUUACUGGAGACUAGGAAGAGAAUAGGGCCGAGGAYGGGUGCUUCUGGGAACCUGCACGCACCGAGGGAAAUUGCAGCGUGAAUAUAACUAGAAUUACAGCCACUAAUCUCCUGUGCCUGUUACUUUCCUCAUUUGCAAUUCUAAAAUAGAAGGCUGUUUUAGGCUUCUUCACUUCAAACCUUCCUGUCCUGCAAUCUUAUUUGUUACCAGCUUCUGCAGCCUGGUGAUUGUAACUGAAAAUCAGCCCUCGGGUUGCUUAUGCAGAAGCUCGGAGACACAUCAGCUGACAAAAGCACUUAGACCAUCUGCUGAAGGUGUAAUGCUUGGUCAUUCCCCAUGUGGUUGGGUUUUCAUGGGUAGUAUUCCCUUAUUGUCAAGAAUAUAUAAAGAUACACACACGCAUGCGCGCACACACACACACAUAUAUAUAUAUGUGUAUAAAAAGCCUUGUAGCAGAGCAAACAGACAAACAUUAGUCAACUUUCUUAUUUGCUUGGGGCUCGGUUCAUGUGUUCCUUUUCUAUUUAAACAGAAGCACAAGUAACUUAAGCAGCUAUUAUACUAAGGGCUUGUAGCCUCUUAGGUAAUAAAAAGGGAUGAGAAGGUGUAAUUAAUGGUGUUGUUACCGAAAAUAGACAAAGUGGUCUCUGGAGCGUGCAUAACCACGGGCAAGGGAAGCGUUCAGGCAGCUCUUGGCAGGCCCUGCUUAGUACUCCACCUUAUUCUCAAUGCAGAGCUUUGCAUUUCCUUGAGGUUUGUUUCAAGUGUUAUGAGGAAAUGGCCUGCAGAGCUUAAUACUGCCUUCCGAUCCGCUCUUGUAGUAAAGAACGUAAGAAUACUUUAAAAUACCUUGCAKUAACUUGUACUGAAAAAAGAGAGUUGUGACAGUAUUAAUCAUGAACUAGUGUUAAGGAACUAUUAUUUUUAAGUAGUUUUUUUUAAAGAUCAUGUUUAUCUCCACAGUAGACACUUUCCGACUGGGUGUUUGUAUAAAAGAUGUUUAUUAAACUUGGAAGAUCUAGCCACUUCAUUAAUCACUAGCUUUCUGACACAUCUAAAAUGCCAUAAAACAGAGAUGUAACAUAAUGUUUACAAUGCUUUUGGCUUCAAGUCAGACCGUGUUAAAGUACAGUUAGCUUUUCCUUUUAUUUUAUAAGGCUAAUUAUUUUGAUCUUKGUCUGGCUUGCAUCCAAAAGGAUAGCUGAAAGUGCAUGAGGCUUCUUACCUUUCUAUAAAGUGAUAAAAGGAAAGUUUCUUGGUACUAAAGGGCUGCUACUUCACUAUGUGUGUGACCAUGUAAACGUGUGUGCGUUCGUCUCUGGAUCAGCUUAUUCAAUGAGAAUUUUUCUAUGAAUUAACAUCACAUGUCGAUACUAAUUGAGUCCCAAGAAUUUCUUUACUGCUGUAAGCAAUGAACUUUCAACUGUCCUUACUUGCUUUUUUUUAUUUUUAAAGAAAGGGAGAAUGGUGGGGAGGAGGAUGAGGGUGGCCAAAAUUACUUCAGCCAUGAAGUUUCAGGCAUUGAGUGUUGCACUGGUUCUAGCGUAGGGUUGGAGUAGAGGUAGGAAGAGAAGCAGCAGUAGCAACUCUUUCCUGCUACAUUUAAAACUUUGAAGMUCUUGUUUUGAACCUUAUCUGUUCCUUUUGGACUGAUUAAUGAAAAAUGUGUAAGUAGAGGCCUUUUAAAGGAAUAAGGAAAUUAUCUGAAGACAUUACAUGUUCUGUUUUUCCCCACAGUAGGUAGUCGUGAGAAGUACUUUUCCAAAUGUCGUACAUAGUUGCAAUGUUCUGCAGGAGAAAAAAAAAAAAAAAAGAAAGAAAAAGAAAAGAAAAAAACUUAAAUAGGAAUGAAUCAUCUCAAAUUAUAAUGAAAGAAGCUGUUUAAUGCUGACAUUUAAAACUGACCUACUGUUUUAAAUGAAAGGGAACUGUUUCCAGGGAUGGCUUUGAACAUUACGUUACAUUACAAAACUAUUGAGAGCUGAGCAGAGCUGCUUUCAUUCGGAGAACCUGUAACAUUUGUGCAAGGAGUGCGUGACUUCUCACUGCUUCCUGGGGGGCUGCAGUGGCUUUUCCGAGGAGGAAAAACAUCCUUCAAUACCUGACAGAUUUGACAAGUACAGAAAUGUAUUACUAUUUUAACGCCAUUUCUCACUAUCUAGAAGGUCUCUUCAGACUCCUCUGAUAUUAGAAAUUUCUAACUGAAUUAUCUGCUA